AUGAGUGUCACUCUAUUGGUUGCAGACAGCGUCUGGUCGGAUAUCGAAUCUACGGGAACAGUAACUGAAGAACAGCUCUCAAUCUUGCAUUUUUUGUUUGGUAAGAAUCUUGAGAAAGCAACAAGAAUAAUUGACAAGAGAGGUGUGAAGAAAAUCUCUGGCUUACCCAGUGGAAGAUCCAUCUUUCAGGUUGUUGGAGAAUCACAAAAGAGAGAAGAGUAUCUCUGCUUCCCAGGAGAUUACUGUGGAUGUUAUUCUUUCUUUUAUGAUGUUGUUAGCAGAGGAGAGCAACAAUGUUGUAAACAUCAAUUGGCGGCGAGGCUGGCUUCUUCUUUGGGUACAUACAGCGAAAUCGAGGUUUCGGAUGAGAAUCUUGCUUUGAUGCUGUCAAAAAUCUGA